GAAUACCCAAUCCACGCUCCUGUCCAGCGGUUGAGCAACAUCAGAGCAUCUGAAAUCAAAGUCUGCAAUAAUCACCUCACUCCUCGUUCCCUUUUUCCGUUUUAGUAUUGGCUCCAUCGUUGAGACUCCAGCCCCCAUCGCCCAGCCUGUAGGUACCUUUUCUUACACCACCUUCACCGGAAGUCUUAAAUUUGCGCAUAUUGCUGUAUAUGAGCAUCUUUUACCGAGCGAGAAUGGACUUCUUACUCCUUGGGGUAACGUGUAUCAAGGAACCUGGAGCAGCCGCGGCUUUGCUGCACACAUCAUUAACAGCUCGGAUCCUUUGCAUGGAGUCCAGCACUGCGUUACCUGUGGCUCAGAUCCGUUCAGAAGGUCUACAUGCUCCUAUGUGGCACCCAUCGCGACUACCGCGGCAAACGAGAAACUCGCAGCGUAGACUUUACCCUACAAGAAUGAAUAUCCAACCUACUGAUCACACAAAUCCAAGGCCUCCGUAAACACCUCACAUCCACGCUCCAAUAACGUCAGCGCCAAA